AAUCUAAACACAGAGAAAGGCGUUGGUUUGCUAUAUAUGAAGGGAAGCUGUUGGUGGGUUUAUCGUUGUGAAUUGUGAUCAGUGAUCAGAGAGCGGCGACCUCGAAGCUAGUCCAAACUAGUGGGAGGUUGUCUGCAGAGACGAAUCUAAGAUCAUCAUCAUGGCACGAGGUAAGGUUCAGAUGAAGCGGAUUGAGAACCCGGUCCACCGCCAGGUCACCUUCUGCAAGCGCCGGGCCGGCCUGCUCAAGAAGGCUCGUGAGCUAUCUGUGCUCUGCGACGUCGAUAUCGGCCUCAUGAUAUUCUCCACCCAUGGCAAGCUUUAUGAGCUAGCCACCAAAGGGACUAUGGAAGGAUUGAUUGAGAGGUAUUUGGGAACGUCUCGAGGAGCACAGAUUGAACGUGGUCCUGCGAACCAACCUACGGAAUCGGACCAAGAGGUAUUCAUGCUGAAACAAGAGAUCGAAUUACUUCAAAAGGGUCUCAGGAAUAGUAUUGGAGGGGGGAUGGGAAAUAUGAGAAUGGACGAGUUACAUGCAUUAGAAAGGCAUCUUGAACUUUGGAUAUAUCACAUUCGCUCUACAAAGAUGCGGAUCAUGAUUCAAGAGAUCCAGUCACUGAAAGAUAAUGAGGGAAUCCUCAAAUCAGCGAAUGAGUUUCUCCAAGGAAAGAUAGAGGAGCAAAACGUGAUUUUUGACAUGCCUCCAAUGAUAGGAGGAAUACCAUAUCCACUAACAAUACCAAAUGAGAUAUUCUUGGAAGAAUUGAAUUAUUAGACUAGUAAUAGGUAAAGGUUUGAGGUGACUAUUGAUAAUAGACUUGGUUAGCAAGUGUUAUGGUGGAAUGUGGUGUACAGCUUAUGAUGAUGACCCUUUUACUUGUUAAAACAGCUACUGUAUGAUUGCUUUGGAUUUGCUGGGUUGUUUGGGUACCUAUUAAAACAGCUAGUAUCACUAUUUUUUGGGUUU